UUCCUGUUUUUCCAGAGCUGCAGUAGCUUCCAUAGAUCGGUCGGUCGGUGCUCACAGCGGAGCGGCUGGGCAAACAGAGGGCGUCCUUAUCGCACUGAUUCAGGCGAACCAACUCUGACCAAAGGCAAUAAUAACACACCAAAAAUGAUGAGCAUUCUACUCAGACAGCGAAUUCAACUUCCCGCAGCAUGGAGGUGGAAGAAGAGAAGGGACUCGUUUUGUUGUCAUUGCAUGACUUUCAGCACCAUCUCUUCUAAUCAAGACCCUGUAGAGAUACACAAGAGGAAACUUUUUCUGUGGUUCAGCCACCUUCCCAAGGAGGAGAAACAGUUUGGAGGUCUCUUCAGCCCAGAGACUAUGCAUGUAGAUCCACUUAUUUUAGAAAGAAAGGAUGAGGAGAGGGCAGGACUUCUCCAGUCACCAUACAAAACCCAAACCUCCUCUAGCCAUUCACUAACUGUGGAACAGCUGUUUGACCCAACCGAUGCCUGGUGUGAAGGUCGCGGACUCAAUGUGCUGCUGUAUGGUGCUGUGGGAACUGGGAAAGCUACAAUAGUUCGAAAGCUGGUGCUGGACUGGUGUGCUGGAAACACGAUGACUCACUUCAAGUUGCUGCUUCCUUUCACAUGUGAAGACCUCAGUCAGCUGACAAAGGCAGUUUCUCUAAGAGAUCUGGUUGGCAGGAAGUAUCUUCAUCUGAAAAACCAUCCUUUACUCAGUGGAGAUAGAGACCACGCUAAGGAUGUGCUUUUCCUCUUUAAUGGGAUGGAAAAGAUGCAACUUGACUUCCGAAUCGGGUCCUCUGAGCUGUGCAGUGAUCCCAAUGAGCCUCUUCCACCAAGUGUACUCAUUGUGAACCUGCUGAGGAAAUAUCUUCUUCCUGAGGCCAGUAUCUUAAUGGCCACCAGACUGUCUGCUGUGGAACGCAUCCCUCAGAAGUAUGUGAGUCGUUAUGCACAGAUUUGUGGUUUCAAUGACCCGGAUCGCCAGCGUGCGUACUUCACCAGCCGCCUGCUGCAGAGUGAAGAAGCAGCACAGAACAAGGAGGCCCAGACGCUGAUAGAGCUCCUUUACCUCCACCUGCAGAGCGAAAGCCAGCUGGCUGCCGCUUGCUUUCUUCCCUCUUACUGCUGGCUCACGUGCGCUACCUUACACUUUCUUCAUUUUACGACGACUCAGGCCCCCAUCCGCACUCUGACUGGUAUCUAUACUAGCUUUUUUCGGCUUAACUUUGGGGGUGAGGUGCUUGGCACAAGAACUGGGACAAGUCCAUCCUCUCAGGAGCAUCAAAGUUCUUUAAUGAGGUAUGUUGUCCUUACAGUUGGAAAACUUGCGUUUGAUGGUGUGAUGAACAAGCGCACCUCUUUCUCAGACAAAGAACUGGAACAGUGGAUUGGUGGAAAGACCAAGACGGACGAAGAGCUGCAUCAACUGGCCGUGUUCCAGACUGAUGUGCUAGACUUCUUCCUGGCUCCUUGUGUAAAGAGUGGAAACCACUCUUCAAAAGAACUCUGUGAAGACAACGAGAAGCUGUACGUGUUUGCUGUCCCAGCCUUGCAGGAGUACCUAGCAGCUCUCUAUAUAGUUUUAGGGGAAAACAAAUCUGCUUUGCAGAAGCUAACCAGCCAGGUGUCUGUAGCCAUUGGUCAGGCAAGUGAGGAUGUCAGUGCCCUCGUGAACAUCCUUUCCAAGUUUAUUCCACUCAGGCUCUUUGCUAUAUUCAACCUGCUUAAGCUUUUUCCAAAGCUUUAUGAGAAAAUAAGCAGCUACAACAAAGGCAAAAUUGCCAGAACUAUGGCCGUUGAAAUGUUCCGCACUGAAGACAGCCAUAACGACGAUGUUCUGGAUCAAGUGGAGCAAAGCCUUUUGGGAGUCCAUGGCCCACAACCACAGCAGUUUGAUGACAGCAAAUCUUUUGAGCUUUACCCCAUCUUCAUGGGAGGACUGUUACAAUAUAGUAAUCGGGUACUUCUUCAGCAACUAGAUUGCAAUGUCCAAAGCACCACGGUUGUUCAGAUAACACGUGCCCUCAGGAAGCACCUUGUAAGAGAGCUAAGUAAGCCUCAGCCACCAGAGGAGCUGAUGGAUCUGCUAGUCCUUUUGUAUGAGUUUCAGAAUCCCAGACUGACUGUAGAGGUGCUGUCCUCAAUCAAAAGCAUUUGUCUAACCAACGUUCGGAUGACUUCACUCAAAUGCUUCAUAUUGAGCUCUGUCCUUUCAUGCGCGUCUGCAAGUUAUCACCUGAAGGAGCUGGACCUGUCCUCCUGCCUCCUGACUCAUAACAUGCUGCAGAUGUUGGUGCCGGCUUUCAGGCAUGCACACAGCCUCAAUCUGCAGUUCAACAACUUGGGUCCUGAUUCCUGCAUCCUACUGAAAGAUCUGCUUCUGGACCCCAAGACCUACAUUAGUUCCCUACAGCUCUGUGAUAACCCACUGCUGGACUCUGGAGUCCGCAUCCUGCUGGAGGCGCUGCCCCAGAACCAGUCUCUGAUCUACCUGUCCCUAAUGCACACUGGGCUGGGCAACAGCGGGGCUCUGGAGCUGGCUGAGAGGCUGCCGCAGCACACAGGGCUGCAGGAGCUCAACGUGGCUUACAAUGCUAUCAGCGAGGAGGCAGCUGUGGCUCUGGUUGACGCCUGCAGGGAGCAUCCCACCAUCCACACCUUACACUUGUAUUUUAAUCCUAUCACUGAUGAGGGGAAGCAGUCGCUGUAUGGCCGGGGUGUAACCGGUAACCAAGGCAACAACCAACAAGUCAAAGUCCUGGCGUCUGUCACUGAAGGCUCGGACAUCUCAGGUGGUUGGCACCCCAUCCUGAAAGUGAUACAAGAGAAUGCUUCAUCCUGGGACCACAAACGGGUCAAGCAGCAGCUGAAGGUUUUCCUCCGGGACCUGGAGUGGGGACGUGAGAAGCAAACGAGCUUCUGG